GCUGAGUGAAGUGGCCUCUAAUUGGGCUUAUACAUUGAUGGCUACAAACCGAAGGCAGCAUAGCACCAAUGGAUAUGGAGAAAAUCUCUACUGGACCAGCCUGACAAAUCCAAAUCCCGCUGAUGUAGUUAGAGCUUGGUAUAACGAGAUUUCGGAAUACAACUGGAAUUACCCUUCGUUCAGCAAGCAGACUGGGCACUUCACUCAGUUGGUGUGGAAGAGUACCAGUGAGUUGGGCGUCGGUGUUGCCCAAAGGGGAGACGACAUCUAUGUUGUGUGCAACUAUAAUCCCCCUGGCAAUAUUAAAAACCAGUUCAAGAAGAACUUUGAGCAACAAGUUCUUAAUGCCCACAACUAUUAUCGGGCCAUGCAUAAUGCUCCACCAUUGACUCUGAACCCCAAGCUAAGUCAACUGGCGUCCAACUGGGCCUAUAAAUUGAUGGCUAAGAAUCGCAUGGAGCAUAGUCAGAACGGAUAUGGAGAAAAUAUCUACUGGGCCUCCUUCUCAAAGCAGGAAGGUAAAGAUGCCGUCAAGGCCUGGUACAAUGAGAUUUCUCUUUACAACUGGAAUUACCCCUCGUUUAGUAAGCAGACUGGGCACUUCACUCAGUUGGUGUGGAAGAGUUCAACUGAGUUGGGUGUAGGUUUUGCCAAAAGCGGCAAUGGCAUCUUUGUUGUGUGCAACUAUAAUCCCCCUGGAAACUACAAAAACCAGUUCAAAAAGAACGUAGCUCAUCCAACUUAUUAUCAUUAA